AUGUCUCGGGCUGUUAAUCUUAUAGUUCCCUGUCCUGUUCAGCUUGGAUCCUUAAGAGAUGACACCUUAGAAGCUCAGCUUCAUGAGUAUGUCAAACAGGGGAACUAUGUAAAAGUAAAGAAGAUUCUUAAGAAAGGAAUUUAUGUUGAUGCAAUUAACUCGCUGGGCCAGACAUCACUUUUUGUUGCAGCAUUAUUAGGCCUUACAAAAUUAGUUGAUGUUCUAGUGGAUUAUGGUUCAGAUCCAAAUCACCGCUGCUUUGAUGGAAGUACCCCUGUCCACGCAGCAGCAUUUUCAGGCAACCAAUGGAUCCUUAGCAAACUGCUGGAUGCAGGGGGUGAUCUUCGACUGCAUGAUGAGAAGGGUCGGAACCCUCAGACCUGGGCCUUGUCAGCAGGGAAGGAACGCAGCACACCGAUGGUGGAGUUCAUGCAACGCUGUACCUGGCACAUGCAGGCCAUCCUCCAGGCCUUCUCCUAUGAUCUCCUGAAGAAGAUUGACUCUCCUCAGAGACUCAUCAGCAGCCUGCCCCGCUUUGGGGGCCUCAUGCCGGGUCGAAGCCCUAGUAGCUCUCCUAUACGACCACAUAAAGCUGGCGUCAUUUCUGCUCAGAAUAUCUACAGCUUUGGCUUUGGGAAGUUUUAUUUCACAGGGGACUCACAGCUGGCCUAUUUAGGAUCUCUUCCUGUGAUUGGAGAGAAGGAAGUAAUACAAGCUGAUGAUGAACCUACUUUUUCUUUCUUCAGUGGCCCCUACAUGGUUAUGACCAACCUGUUGUGGAAUGGGAGCAGGGUCACGGUGAAGGAACUGGGUCUGCCCAGCCACUCACACUGCAGCAGGCUCUGGCUGUCUGACUUGCUAAUUGCAGAGCAGGAACACUGCAGUAAGCUGCGACACCCACACCUGCUGCAGCUGAUGGCUGUGUGCCUGUCCCAGGAUCUGGAAAAGAUCCGCCUGAUAUAUGAGCGUAUCACCGUGGGGACACUGUUCGGGGUUCUGCAUGAGCGGCGUUCACAGUUCCCGGUGCUGCACUUGGAGGUCAUCGUGCACCUGCUGCUUCAGGUCUCUGAUGCAUUGCGGUAUCUGCACUCCCGGGGUUUUAUCCACCGCUCCCUCAGCUCCUACGCCAUCCACAUAGUGUCCACCGGGGAAGCGAGGCUGACCAACCUAGAGUACAUGGUGGAAAGCCGGGAUGAAGGUAUGUACAGAGACCUGACUGGCAUCCCGAUUCCCACCCAGCUGUACAACUGGGCUGCCCCGGAGGUGAUCUUACAAAAGGAAGUCACUGUGAAGUCAGAUAUCUUUAGCUUUUCUGUGAUCAUACAAGAAAUUUUAACAGAUAACAUACCCUGGGAUGACUUAGAUGGCACAGAUAUUAAAGAAGCCAUACUUUUGGGAAAUUACUUGGAAGCUGAUGUUAGGCUUCCAAAACCUUACUAUGACAUUGUUAAGUCAGGCAUCCAGGUGAAGAAGAAAGACCGGGCUAUGAACCUUCAAGAUAUUCAGUACAUUCUGAAGAAUGAUUUAAAGGAUUUUAUUGGAGGUCAGAGAACUCAGCCAACGGAGAACUCCAGGAUACAUAGAUACGAACUUCAUUCUGAUACCAAUAUCCGUCUAGGAUUGACUUCAGAUCAUUCAAAAGGGAUUUCUGACUUGGAAAUAAAGGAACUGAAGGAAAUGGGCAGUCAACUCAACUCUUCCAAGAGUCAGUCUUCUCCUAAUGAGAAAGUGACACCAGAUCCUCAGGACCCAGAUCCAAGUCUGAUGGCCAAGGAGACUCAGCAUCAAGAUGCUGCUUGCCUUGAUUACUGUGUGACAGGAGAAUCCAGGAGCCCCAGCCCAGGCCAUGAGAGCCUCUGCAGCUUUGAGAUGAAUGAAAUCUACUCAGGCUGCCUAAAUGUGCAAGAAGACAAAGAGGAAGAGUUCCCAGAAGCGGAUUCAGUUUUUGAGAGCUCUGGGCAGAACCAGGCAGAUGAACUGAAAUCCAUGGAGGAUGAAUUGGAGAAGAUAGAGAGAGAGGCAUGCUGCUGCUACAGUAGUGAGGAUGACAGCCCUUCAGAAGUUGACCAGGAGCUCUCCUUUGAGAACUGGGACUGGCCACAGGGUACCCCGAGUUUAUCCAGCCCAGUGGAGCCAACUAAAGUAGCAAAGAGCAGUGUGAACAACAGAUCCAUGACUGAGGAGUAUAUCAGCAAGUGUGUGCUGAAUUUAAAGAUUUCACAGACCUUAUUGCACCAGAAUGCUGAUCUGCUCAGGAAUACCCAACAGAAAAUAGAGAAGCUUGAGACAGUACAGAAGGAUCAGGAAGAACACAGGUCCUUAUGGGCUUCAACAAGAGAGUUUGCAAAUAUCUGUAACCCGCCUUUAGUUUUGGGCCCCCCAUCUCUGAACUAUAUUCCUCCGGUUCUGCAGCCAUCGGACAUUGGUAACAGUUACCCAAAUCUAGUAGUCAGUAACUUUCAAGGAACUGGGCAUUUUGGCCAGAGGUGCAGAAGUGAGCCUAACUGGAAAUCUUUCCCUCAAGUCUUUGAAAAAAACACCAUGGAGCAAUCAGAGAAGAGCCAGCAGGUGUCAAUUCUUUGUGUCCCUGGAAAACAGAGCAAAGUUGAACAGUUUCAGCCCUCUCAAGGAGCCAGGGACAAUCUGAGAAGAAGCAGGAACCAAACUUACAACAGCCAGGAAAAGCCUAGAGAGUCUGGUGCCCGCACCAAAGUGACACAGAUGAAUAAUUCUCUAUUGACCAAGCCAAGCCACCCUCAGGAACCUCCUGUUGUCUCCAGCUUUGGUCAGGGUUCGACCAGGAUCUAUACGGAGCCCGUGUCUUCUGAAAUCUGUAACGUAAAGUCAAUAAACAGUGAAGAUGAUGGAAAGGAAUACUUAAAAUGGAAAAUGGCGGUGAAAGAAGUGGCAGAAAAAGCAGUGACUGGGCAGCUGGCGGUAUCUCCUUGGCAUGUUCAGCUUAGUCUGACUUUAGAGAGUGACACUGAAAAUGAGCCUGAUCCUCUGCCACAGCCCCUGGUUAGGGACCCUGAGAAUGCAGUUUGUAAGCCAGCUGUGGAGUGUCCCAGGAAGAGUGGAAAUGGCAAGUGUGAGAAAACAGAUGACUGUGACCCCAACAGUGAUUGGCAUGGUGAACAGCCUGGACCUGGCAGCUUUCCUUGUAAUAACUUUGGCCUUGGUUCUUGGUUGUGUCCAUCAAUAGGUAUCAGACUCCUAUCCCUGAAAAAGAAUGAACUGCCAGAGCUUAGUGAAGUCUUUGAAGCAAAUUGUGGUACAUCUGUUAUCAGUGCGAAAUCUUACAGUGAUGGGUCUGAGCAGUCUACUUGUUCACCAAAAUCUGCUGAGGAAACAAUAGAUGAAUCUUUAACUUCAAACCAUAAAUGUCUUCACUCUUCGACUGCUCAAGGAAACAAAGCUCUAGAGACCUCAAGUCCCAUAGAAGAGAAUUUUAAAGGAAUACAGGAUCCAGUUAUCCAGACUCAAGCCACUGAUGAAGAAAAGUUCCCUGUGAGAAAAAGCCUUGGAAAGAAUAACGAGAUUUGGAUCAAGUCUCAGAUCCAAAGUGCCGAGGGUGAACAAGAGGACACAUUAAAGGAGCCACCAAAGGAACUGAAAGAGAAAGACAUAACAUUGUCCGACAUUCAAGAGUUGUCUAGCAUCUACUGUGAACAGGAUGGUUCUUUUAAGGAAUUGUCCUGCAAAACACCCAAAAUAAACCAUGCACCUACUAGUGUCAGCACUCCAAUCAGCCCAGAGUCAAUCUCUUCAGUUGCCACUCAGUAUGAAGACUGCCUUGAAAAUAUCACAUUUCAAGUUAAAACAAGCUCUUCUUCAGUUUGGAACAGUCAAGAAUCUAUUCGAACUUUGUCUGAUAAAUUUUCUACUGUCCGGGAGAAAGUGAAGACAUUCGAUUCCCUUUUCACUUCCUCUAAAGCAUCUCCGCCGAAACAGACUGAUCCGAAAAGACUAUCUGCAUUUAGUGGGAUUGGUUCUUCCAGCAUUGCUAAGACUUCUGAGACCUCAUCUCAGGCUACCCAGAGAAGAAGCCUGCCAAAAGAACUAGUAGAAGCCAUCUCCCAGCAUCACAUUGACGAUUUACCACCACCAUCUCAGGAACUCCUUGAUGAAAUUGCUGGAGGGAUUAAAGGUCUUCACAUCAUGGAUGGAUCUAUUUACAGAGGGCAGAAAAAGUACCUGAAGCAGCAGGAAUCCUCAUCCCUGGAACUGGAGGAGAAAGCAGCACUCCAUCCGAGCCUCUCUGCACCUGAUCAAAAGAACUUAGAAGAAACUAGCAGUAAUAAAGAAGAUAGCAAUAUGCUUUGGACUAAAGAAUCUCAGAAUACAGAGGAAGACACAGAGAGAGCUCACUCUACUCUAGAUGAGGACCUGGAAAGAUGGCUGCAGCCACCUGAAGACCGCAUGAAGCUGGAGGAUUUGGUCGAGGAUUCUGCAAGGAAGACAAAUAUUAAGGAUCAAGAUGUUGGUGAAAAGAAGAAAAAAGGGGAAGCAAGUAUCAAGCCAGAGAGAAGGAAAUCAGAGAGCUUUUUAGGGACACCAGAAGAAGAUGAACUAAAACUCUGCUUUUGGAAGCGACUGGGUUGGUCUGAGCCAUCCAGGAUAAUCGUCUUGGAUCAGAGUGACAUGUCAGAGUGA